CGUAGGUAAACAGCAAAGAAAUUUGAAUGCAGCCUGUACAUAAAAACAUCUGUCUAAACAUCUUGCUUUAUUACUCAACAAUACUUCUCAAACAUGGCGCCGGGCACAAAAAUCUUUUCGCUUGAGGGCAAGGGUUUGAAGCUUGACACUGCUGCAGACGUCGAAGCGCAUAUCAAGCCGCUGAUGGAGAUGCAGGAUGUGGAGGAGAUUCGACUGCUCGGAAAUACUUUGGGCGUUGAAGCCUGCAAGAGACUAGGCGAGGUCCUCGAGACGAAGAAGACUCUCCAGAUCGCGAACUUGGCAGACAUAUUCACGGGCCGUCUUCUGAACGAAAUUCCCCAAGCUCUCUCUUCUCUCCUUACCGCACUUCUUAAGCUGCCGAACCUUCACACAAUCAACCUGAACGACAACGCUUUCGGGCUAAAUACGCAAGCUCCUCUUGUUGAUUUCAUCUCAUCCCAUGUCCCUCUUCAACACCUCAUUCUCAACAAUAACGGCCUUGGUCCUCACGCCGGAAUACUCAUUGCCGACGCGCUUACUGCUCUUCAUGGCAAGAAGGAGGAGGCCCGAAAGGCAGGCAAAGAAGUCCCUUACCUGGAGACUGUCAUUUGUGGUCGCAAUCGAUUGGAGAAUGGUAGCAUGACAGCUUGGGCAAAGGCAUAUAGUCUGCAUACUGGCGUUAAGGAGGUCAAGAUGGUACAGAAUGGGAUUCGACAGGAGGGUAUCUCGCAUCUUCUGACGGAUGGCCUACGACAUGCAAAGACGAUCAAGGUGCUGGAUCUGCAGGAUAAUACAUUUACGAUUAUGGGUGCCAAGGCGCUUGCUACUGUUGCACCUGGUUGGGGCGAAAUUCAAGAACUCGGUGUCGGAGAUUCGCUUUUGAGUGCCAAGGGUGGUGUUCUUGUUGCGAACGCGUUGGGCAAGGGACAGAACAAGAAGCUCGAGAUUCUGAGAUUGCAAUACAACGAUAUUACUGCGAAGGGCUUGGAGGCUUUCGCCAAGGCAGCUAAGGAUUCUUUGCCAGCACUCAAGAAGAUUGAGCUCAACGGCAACAAGUUCUCUGAGGAAGAUCAAUACGUUAUGGAACUCAGAGAGCUCCUCGAUGAGCGAAAGGAGAAGCUUGCUGGCGACGUUGUCAUGGAGGAUGAUUGGGGUCUGGAUAGUCUUAGCGAUCUGGAGGAUGAGAGUGACGAAGAAGAUGAGGAGGAAGAGGAAGAAGAAGCGGAGGAGUUAAGAGAAAAGCUUCUCGAUGAAGCAGAGGAGGCCAAAGAUGAGCCUACUGUGCAGGUCGAAGACAAAGAGGUCGAUGCGCUUGCAGCCAAGCUUGACAAGACAGAGAUCUGAGCUUCUCAGAUAGGGAGUAAAGAGACGAGGCAUUUUGAGCACUGACUUGGCUUCCCCUAGCGAGCAUAUACCCAGCAUACUGUUCGUGCAGAGGUGUUUUUUGGGCAUGCAUACGAGACAUGAAGGCAGGAAUUGAAAAAAAGAAAGAUGCACAUAGAUUCAUACAAUGAUGACUUCAACCAGUGAGAUCAAAACGGUGUGGCUACUCUGUAUCUGCCGUGCUUUGAACAUAU